AUGUUUUACUGCACUGCGGCCCGCGCCCGGACGGCUCAAUCCAUUGUCCAAAGUAUGGAUCCUGCUGUUGACAAGAGAGUCUGCUAUUAUUACGAUGGUGACAUUGGGAACUAUUACUACGGUCAGGGCCAUCCCAUGAAACCUCAUCGUAUACGCAUGACUCACAAUCUUCUGCUCAAUUACGGUCUCUAUCGGAAGAUGGAGGUGUACCGACCUUCAAAAGCCUCUGCUGAGGAUAUGACCAAGUUUCACAGUGACGAGUACAUCAGAUUCCUCCAAAGCAUUCGUCCUGACAACAUGUUGGACUACACCAAACAAAUGCAACGCUUUAAUGUCGGUGAAGACUGUCCUGUUUUUGAUGGGCUGUUCGAGUUCUGCCAACUUUCAGCUGGUGGUUCGGUUGCAGGAGCUGUGAAGCUUAACAAACAACAGACAGAUAUCGCAAUUAACUGGGGUGGUGGGCUUCAUCACGCCAAGAAAUCCGAAGCUUCGGGUUUCUGCUAUGUUAACGAUAUUGUCAUGGGUAUUCUCGAGCUGUUAAAGUACCAUCAACGCGUUCUCUAUGUUGAUAUCGACAUUCACCACGGAGAUGGUGUCGAGGAGGCUUUCUACACCACUGACCGAGUCAUGACUGUCAGUUUCCACAAGUACGGUGAAUACUUUCCCGGAACCGGCGACCUUAAAGAUAUCGGUGCUGGUCGAGGCAAACACUACGCCGUUAAUUGUCCUCUUCGCGAUGGUAUGGAUGAUGAAUGCUACGAGAAGAUCUUCAAACCAGUUGUAUCCAAGGUGAUGGAGACAUUCCGACCCGGUGCUGCUGUUCUCCAAUGCGGUGCUGAUUCCCUUAGUGGCGACCGACUCGGAUGCUUCAAUCUCAGUCUAAAGGGUCAUGGAAAGUGUGUGGAGUUCCUACGCUCAUUUCCAAUUCCUUUGCUCAUGUUAGGAGGUGGUGGUUACACCAUCCGUAAUGUCGCGCGUUGUUGGACAUACGAGACUUCGAUUGCACUAAACACUGAGGUGCCCAACGAUCUUCCUUACAACGACUAUUACGAGUACUUUGGACCAGAUUUCAAGCUUCACAUUAGCCCAAGCAACAUGACGAACCUUAAUACCCCGGAUUACAUUGAACGGAUCAAGAAUAAGUUGUUUGAGAACCUAAGAAUGCUUCCUCACGCUCCUAGUGUUCAGAUGGUUGAUGUACCGCCCGAUACGAUUGACGUAGAAGAGCAGGAAAAGGAAGCAAUAGAGAACGAGGAUCCGGACAAACGAAUCUCUAUCAUGGCUUCGGACAAGGCCGUGCAUCGGGACAACGAGUUUUACGAUUCGGGAGAGGAGGACGGUGUUGGGGUGCAAGUGGCUCCCAAAGGCAUCAAAACUGCCAAGGACGUGCACUCUUUCCGUAACCAGGCGAAACGUGCUCGAAUUGAGGAGUCUGGCAAAGGGGAUGUCGCUUCAAUGGAUACCGAAGAGUCGGCUGAGGCAGACAAGGCACGCACGGGCGGAGACAAGGAGACUGUGAAUACAGGUGCUACUCUGGCCGAUUCUAACACAACGGCUUCGUAG